AUGGAUGUUAUGGAGACGUAUCUCUAUGCUGGCACAACGUCUGAUUUCCUGGGCAAGGACAGCACGUUUAGCCGCUCUCUUGGCCCGCCCCCAGAUCAGCAGUACAUUCGCACAGACAUCUCCGAGGACUACUGGAUCAACGAGGGCAAAUUUAUUUCCGCCCAUCCCAUCGCGGACACCUACAACCCUGACGAUGACAAGAUUUACUUCUUUUUCCGCGAGGCGUCCCGUGAUGGGAGCACUACAGACAAGACUGUACUGUCUCGUGUCGCCCGGAUCUGCCGGCUGAGCUGGCCAGCUCCAAGAGACAGGGUGGAUAUGUGUAUACUGGCUGGCAAAAACCCUCUUACCGAAUGUGCUAAUUUCAUACGAGUUUUGCACAGCUAUAACCGGACACAUGUCUACGCCUGUGGCACUGGAGCGUUCCACCCCACCUGUGCUUUCUUAGAGGUCAAAGGUCACAAAGAGGACAGCUGGUUGCACAUUCACAGCAACACUGUGGAAUCCGGCCGAAUGAAAUGUCCUUUUGAUCCACACCAGCCUUUUGCUUCAGUACUCACAGAUCAGUAUCUCUAUGCUGGCACAACGUCUGAUUUCCUGGGCAAGGACAGCACGUUUAGCCGCUCUCUUGGCCCGCCCCCAGAUCAGCAGUACAUUCGCACAGACAUCUCCGAGGACUACUGGAUCAACGAGGGCAAAUUUAUUUCCGCCCAUCCCAUCGCGGACACCUACAACCCUGACGAUGACAAGAUUUACUUCUUUUUCCGCGAGGCGUCCCGUGAUGGGAGCACUACAGACAAGACUGUACUGUCUCGUGUCGCCCGGAUCUGCCGGAAUGAUGUUGGAGGUUUGAGAAGUCUUACCAACAAGUGGACAACAUUCCUCAAAGCAAGAUUUGUGUGCUCCAUUCCUGGACCAGAUGGAGUGGACACACACUUUGAUGAGCUACAGGACAUCUUUCUCCUCUCUAGAAGAGAUGAAAGAAAUCCAAUGGUGUACGGAGUGUUCACCACCACCAGUUCUAUCUUUAAAGGAUCAGCCGUAUGUGUCUAUACCAUGGAAGACAUCCGUGCGGUGUUUAAUGGACCAUAUGCUCAUAAAGAGGGUCCGGACCAUCGCUGGGUGGAAUUUGAAGGCAGAAUCCCCUACCCACGACCAGGCACUUGCCCCAGUCGGACAUAUGAUCCUCAUAUAAAAACGACUAAAGACUUUCCAGAUGAAGUCAUCAGUUUUAUACGGCUGCACCCGCUAAUGUACCACUUUGUGCACCCAAUGACGGGCCGACCAAUUUUCACUCGUAUCAAUACGGAGUACCGGCUCACUCAGAUUGUAGUGGACAGCGUGGCAGCUGAAGAUGGACAGUAUGCUGUUAUGUUCUUGGGCACAGAUAUGGGAUCAGUUUUGAAGGUUGUCAGCAUCACUCAAGAAAACUGGUACACAGAGGAGAUCCUCUUAGAGGAGCUACAGGUGUUCAAGAGUCCCUCACCAAUUCUCAACAUGGAAGUCUCAUCAAAGCAGCAGCAGCUGUUUGUUGGAGGAAGCGACGGGUUGGUGCAGGUGUCCCUGCACAGGUGCCAUAUUUAUGGGCAAGGCUGUGCAGAAUGCUGCCUGGCUAGAGACCCCUACUGCGCUUGGGAUGGCACCCAGUGCUCCAGAUACAUUCCAGCAUCCAAGAGGAGGGCCAGAAGACAAGAUAUCAAGCAUGGAGACCCAUCCAGCCAUUGUUGGGACACAGAGGAUGUGUUAGGGUGGAAUGUCGAGGAAAAGGUGUUGUAUGGAGUAGAGAGUAACUCCUCUUUUCUUGAGUGUGUUUCACAAUCUCAGCAGGCCUUGAUCCGCUGGUUCGUACUGAAGCCAGGAGCGGACCACCGUCAAGAGGUAUAG